UAUGUUCUACAGCUGUCCAAGACAUAUGGGUCUGUUUUCACGGUUCAUUUUGGACCCACAAAAGUGGUCAUCCUGGCAGGAUACAAGACGGUCAAGCAGGCGCUGGUCAACCAUGCAGAGGAGUUUGGGGACAGGGGCAUGCUUCCUGUGUUGUAUGAUUUCACCAAUGGACAUGGUAUUCUGUUUGGCAAUGGAGACUCUUGGAAAGAAAUGAGGCGCUUUGCCCUGACAAACCUUAGAGACUUCGGGAUGGGCAAGAAAGGGAGUGAGGAGAAAAUCUUAGAGGAAAUUCAUUACCUGAUUGAAGUGUUGGAAAAACAUGAGGGUAAAGCAUUUGACACAACCCAGCCAUUGAGUUAUGCUGUCGCCAACGUAAUCUCCAACAUUGUGUACGGCAGCAGGUUUGAAUACUCUGACUCCAAGUUCCGAGCCACAGUGGAUCGAGCCAAUGAGAACCUACGAAUUGCAGGCUCCGUUUCAGUUCAGUUGUACAACAUGUUCCCCUGGCUGGGCCCUUGGCUGAAAAGCAGGAAGCUUUUGUUAAAGAAUAUUGAGAACAACAAGAAGGAGAUGGAGGAGCUGGUGCGGGGGCUGAAGGAGACUCUCAACCCUCAGAUGUGUAGAGGCUUUGUGGACUCGUUCCUCGUCCGAAAGCAGACCCUGGAGGAAUUUGGCAACAAGAACUCUCACUACCAUGACAACAACCUGAUAUCCUCUAUGAGAAACAUGUUUUCUAAUGGUACUAACACCACAGGGACAACACUACGCUGGGCUUUGAUGCUAAUGGCCAAGUACCCUCUUAUACAGGACCGGGUCCUGGAGGAGAUCAGCAGCGUUAUAGGAAGUCGUCAGCCCUUGGUAGAGGACAGGAAGAACCUGCCCUACACUGAUGCAGUGAUCCAUGAGACCCAGAGACUGGCCAACGUUUUACCCAUUGCCAUCCCCCACACCACCAGCCGAGACAUCACCUUCCAGGGAUAUUUCAUCAAGAAGGGGACGCUUGUGUUUCCUCUACUGACGUCUGUCCUACAAGACGGAAGCGAAUGGGAGAGCCCACACACCUUUAACCCCGCCCACUUUCUGGAUGAGGAAGGUCGAUUCACCAAGAGGGAUGCCUUCAUGCCCUUCUCUGCAGGUCGUAGGGUGUGUCUGGGGGAGGGUCUGGCCAGGAUGGCGCUCUUCCUCUUCUUCACCUCCCUCCUGCAGCGCUUUCGUUUCUCUCCUCCUCCUGGAGUAACAGAGGAUGAUCUGGACCUCACACCAUCCGUGGGGUUCACCCUCCACCCUUCACCUCACCAGCUGUGUGCUGUGAGCCGGGUCUGAGAUGAGUCUGGGCCUAAUGUAUAUUAUACAUGGAUUAGAACAAAUGCUCCACUUUAGACAAACAUGCUGAAAUGGGUUACCUCACCGGCUGUGCUGUGAACCAGGUCUGAGAUGAGACCAGUCCCUCAAUGGUUUUGGUUUAAUUUGAUGGCUCUACAAUCCGACAAUGUAAUUGAUUGAUACAAAGCACUGCUAUUAUGUAUGUACAGAAUGCAAUUGUUUUUGUUUGCUGUCCUGCCUUGUCUGGGACUGGACAGCUGUUGCUAAGUAAAGUCAAUCAUGUUUCUAGCUAAUGUUAUCAGUAGUUGAUAUCUAUACCUACCCUUGUGGGCAUGUUUUUAUGUGACUAGCAAACAUACUUAGCCAGAUCUGCUAGCUAGAACAAUGGCUAACCAUAAGCUAGCUAGCUCCAGCAGGAGUGGAAGUUCGGCUGCCUACUUUCACUCCAUGAGCGGUUCUAGUUAUGGAAGGAGACUUGAAACAAAGACUGCAUUGACACAGGAAACCCAAUUUGGAUCUUUUUCCACUGUUUAGUCUUUUGACUUACCAUAUCAGCACUUUUGCCUACAAUUGGACAAACGACCAGAAUUGGGCUGCCUGUGUAAAAGCAGCCAAAAGGUCUCACUUAAAGUGAAGUUGUUUACAAACUGUUCGCUAGCUGGUGGCUAGUUUAAGCUACUCAUUGUCCAUUGAUAUUAGCUAGUGGUUAGCUCUAGCUACAGUAUAUAUAUUUGGGCAUGAAAAUCCAUUUUAUUGCACCUUUAAGCUUUCUUGUCCUAUUCAAACGGGCCAACCACAGGUACAUAACGCUAACAGUGUCUGUUAUUGAUAACAGCUAGAUGAUUGCCUCUGCUAAGCUUGAUUACACCCCAAAGAUAAAUAAGCUAAAACAUAGGCUUCUGAUUAGCCUUUGACUAUUUGAUUAGUAGCGUGUCAGAGGGCUCCAUAUGUAUUGCUAAUUAAUAAUACAGUUGAUGAGUGUGCUUGACAUCGGCACCAGUUUGUCAAAUUCUGGUCCAUUUAGUUAACUUGGAGUCGGGGUUUGGAAUAGAAUAGAAUUUGAAUUAUUGUCUGUGCUCAGUGGGAACCAAUCACUGUGCAGCAAUGAAAAAUGUUAAACUUGUAGAUUUCACCAAAACUUUUAAUAAAGUCUUAAAGUGGAACUGACAGUA